CGUGCAACUUCACGGGCUUAAACUUGGAGCGCAUGGUCGUGGACGUUCUGAAGCACCUGCCCGUGACGUACGCGGAACACGAGAACUGGCCCGAAGCGUUCGUCGCCGGCCUGCUGUCGUCCUCCAUCAUCUACACUGGUUUCGAUAAACUCAAACUGGCAGGGCCAGUGGUUCCUUACUGCACAAAUGGGACGAGGCUGGUGCAUGCUGAAUUGGCCACGACCGGAGAGGACCAGAUCGUUGCCUCGGCAAGCUGGAAAACCUGCAAUGGUCUGAACGGAACCUUCGGCACCUACACUGGAGCCAGGGUUGCUGUGACGUUCGAGGUUGUUAAACCGGGCUACCCUUACCAUGCUGUCAACGGUGCCGUGCUGACUCACCACCGCGGCCCCAAGCCUGUUUUCAUCGACAAGGUAUCCCUAUUUCUGGAUGGAGCUGGUGACGUCAUGGCCGCUGGGGUAGCUAUUGCAGGGAAGCUAUUUCCACAGUUCGCAAGAGAAUUCUGGAUCGAUGUACUCACGUCAAAAGUGUCAAACAUAUUGGCAAUUGUUUCCAUCACUUGAAAUAGUAAUGCCAGCCGAGUUGAUACAAUGUAGUCAUUAAAAAUUUCGCAAUAAAACACAAAGAUUAAGA